AUGACAAUCAAUACUGCUGCCAUCGAGGCUCUGAAGAGCCGCUUAGAGAAUGCAACCCUCUAUACACCGGAUUCGGAGAAUUAUAAACAAAGUCUGAUCCGCUGGUCGGAUACCGGCAUCAAACCCGCGGGAGCGGUAGUCCAGCCCACUCAAGCAUCUGAUAUAUCCGUUGCUCUACUGUGGGCACAAGAGAAUGCCAUAGAGGUCGCCGUCAAAGGUGGUGGUCAUUCAACCGCAGGCACGAGCUCGAGCGCCGGUGGGCUGGUGAUUGAUCUCUCGCGGAUGAACGGAGUCACUGUGGAUACUUCCCGAAAAACAAUCACUGCCCAAGGAGGAGCGACGUGGAAAGAAGUCGACGAGACCGGUGCGGCUCAUGGAUUGGCCGCCGUAGGCGGCACGGUCAACCACACCGGCGUUGGGGGUCUGACUUUGGGGGGCGGGUAUGGCUGGCUGAGCGGGCAGUAUGGUCUGACCAUCGACAAUCUGCUUUCCGCGACCGUGGUUUUAGCGGAUGGUCGCGUCGUCAAGGCUUCUCUCUCCGAGAAUGAGGACUUAUUUUGGGGCCUGCGGGGCGCCGGGUAUAAUUUUGGCGUCGUCGUGGACUUUACCUACCAGGCCUAUGAGCAAAAGGACCCCGUCUACUCCGGCCUGCUGGCAUAUACACCGGACAAACUUGAAGGAGUCAUAGGCGCGCUGAAUGCUAUACUAACGGAACCUGACUCUCGCCUCGGGGCAAUGUGCGCGUUCGCACUUUCCCCUGACGGCUCGGGGCCGAUGAUUCUCGUGGUCGGUUUCUUCAACGGUUCUCGGGAAGAGGGUGAGAGCAAGUUCGCCAGCUUCACGACUCUAGAGCCUGUUCUGAACACCCUUGAUCUGAUUCCGUACUCCAUGGUCAACACACUCCAGAACCCACAGGCUACCUACGGCGAUCGCAAGACCCUCAAAGGUAUUUUCUACCAGCCGGCGCUGGACCCUAAGUUCGCACGAGUAAUCUUCAAUGAUUUCAUGUCCAAGAUUCAAUCCGAGCCCGACAUGGCGACUUCGGCCAUUCUCCUGGAGUUCUAUGAUAUGCGCAAGACCUGCGAAGUGCCCUUGGAAUCCACGUCGCUUUCCAGUCGCAACUUCACGCAGAAUGGACUCAUUUCCCUCAGAUGGACCGAUGCUACAAAGGAUCUAGAGCACCGGGCGUGGGCACGAGAGGCCCAGAAUAAGUGGAAAGCCGAGUUGGACGCCAAGUCCAGUGACCAGGGCGACGAGUCAAACGUGCCUCAGUACAUCAACUAUGCAGAGCCCGGUGACUCGGCGGUCUCAAGCAUUUAUGGCCAAAAUCUUGGCCGAUUGCAGGGGCUGAAGGUCAAGUAUGAUCCUAACAACGUCUUCCACAAGAUGCAUGCGAUCCCAAUCGAUGUGUAA